AUGAGUGCGCACGUAGCAAGGCCUGCGCACAUUCUAGCGUCAAGGUAUAUUGUUGUUCUUGUUUUGAUUAUACCAUUCGGGGGCACGUCAUUUGGUGAAUCAGAUAUUGAUAUCCUCUUAAAAUUCAAGGAUUCUCUUCAAGAUAAAGUCGCUCUCGAGAAUUGGAGUCCUAAUAUAAAUCCUUGUUCUUGGAAUUAUGCAAAUUGGAAUGGUGUUCUUUGUUCGAAUGCGAGCAUAUGGGGGUUGAAACUUGAGCAUAUGGGGCUAAAAGGAUUGAUAGACGUUGAUUCUCUUGGUUCAAUGAACUCUUUACGUAUGAUGAGUGUUAUGAACAAUAGAUUUGAGGGUCCACUUCCUGAUAUUAAAAAAAUGGGCUCGUUGAAAUCUUUGUAUUUAUCGAAUAAUGGUUUUUCUGGGUCGAUUCCGGAUGAUGCAUUUGAGGGUAUGUCAAUGUUAAAGAAAUUAUAUUUGGCAAACAAUAAACUUUCAGGUAACAUUCCUUCGUCGCUUGCCGGCUUGCCUAAACUUAUGGACUUAAGGCUUGAAGCCAAUCAAUUUGAGGGAAAGAUUCCUGAUUUUAAGCAGAAUAGUUUAAAUAUGAUCGAUUUGUCCAACAAUGAAUUGGAAGGUGAAAUCCCUGCAAGCCUAAGCAAAAUGGAUCCGGCAUCAUUUACAGGCAACAGAAAUUUAUGCGGGCAGCCUCUAGAUGCGUGCCAGCAACCCUCCACGUCCCCAAAGAACGAAAGCCAGCCACAGCCGCCACUGCCGCCACCUGCGGCUGAGAACCGGCAGGCAGAGGUGAGCCAGGAGAAUGUAUAUGUUCUAAAAAUUGUGAUAAUUGUGAUAGUUGUGGCGAUAGUAUUAGCGCUUAUUGCUGCAGCUGUAAUCAUAUUCUUUCGCAAAAACCAAAAAUCACAAAUGGAUCGAGUUUCAUCAUUGGAAGUUUCAAGCAAAAUGGGCGGCGCAAGUUCUUUAGGAAACGAAGGGCUGGUACACAAUUCCCUUCCUGAGGUAGUAGAGGUCCCAAGGAAAUCUGAUUAUGGGAGGCUUUCAUUUGUAAGAGACGAUCAACAGAAGUUUGAUCUACAAGAUAUGCUUAGAUCCUCUGCAGAAGUUUUGGGAAGUGGGACUUUUGGUGCUUCAUACAAGACCGGUUUAUGUGGACGGAUGUAUGUUGUGAAGAGAUAUAAGCAAAUGAACAAGAUUGGAAGAGAUGAUUUUCAUGAGCACAUGAGACGGAUUGGGAGGUUGAGUCAUCCAAAUUUGUUGCCUCUUACGGCUUACUACUAUAGGAAAGAGGAAAAGCUCUUGGUUUAUGAGUUUGUGGAGAAUGGUAGCUUGGCCAAUAAACUUCAUGCCAAACAGAAAACAGACGAACGAGGACUCGAUUGGCCCAGCCGCUUAAAAAUCAUAAAAGGCGUGGUGAAGGGAUUGUCUUACCUUCACAGUGAACUCCAUAAUCCAGUUCUCCCUUAUGGUCAUCUCAAAUCAUCCAAUGUGCUUCUAGGCAAAUCCUUUAAGCCUCUUUUGACAGAUUAUACUUUGAGACCCGUGAUCAACCCCGACAGCGCUCAUAAAUACAUGCUCGCCUACAAGUCACCAGAGUAUACAAGAUCCGGCCGCAUUUCUAAAAGAUCCGAUGUAUGGAGCCUUGGAAUAUUAAUCCUUGAGGUACUUACAGGCAAGUUCCCUGAAAACUAUCUUCUUCCUCAAUAUGAUAGUGAUACAAGUUUAUCAACUUGGGUCAAUCAAAUGGUAAAGGAGAAACUUUUGAGCGAAGUUUUCGAUACAGAGAUGGGAGAAGUGAAGCAUAGCAAGAGUGAAAUGAUAAAUCUUUUGAAGAUUGGUUUGAGUUGUUGUGAUGAGGAUGCUGAGACAAGGAUGAGUUUGAAGGAGGCUGCUGAGAAGAUUGAGGAGAUAAAAGAGGUAAACUCUAAAGAUCAAGAAGCGAAUUCGUUUACCAGCAAUGUGAGGCCUGAGGAAGAAUCAUCUUUCUUAAUGCAUGGCUAA